CAUGCACACGUCAACGAUACAUUUAUCGAUUUUAAAUCGUAUCGGUCAGUACUAAAUAGUUAAACUAUCAGUAAUCUCAUUAUAAACGGACGUCUAUUUGUAUUUCUUUUAUUAUAACUGUAUUGUACCACUGUACUUCUUAUAAUCAAAAAGAAAUGAAUAUAUAAUUAGAGGUUAGGAAAAAAAGAGAAAAAAAAUAGUGUAUGUACCUGAGAGUAGUCACAAAGGAUUCUCACGCGAUCACUUCGUGCGCAUGCAUAAAUUAUGCGUGUGACAUGUGAUCCUUUUGACAGAUUGAUAAAUAUAAUAUAGAGCUUUGUAAAAUCUUCGUAAAAUUGCUUUUUUUCCUUUUUAUUAUUAUUCUUACAAUCAAAUUAUUAUACAUUGAUAUAUGACAAUAGUAUUUCUUACAAUAUAUUAUCUAUUAAUACUGUUUACAAUUGUUAAAUCAAUUAUGGUGCGAAAUUUUCGUAAAAUUCGUAGGUUAUGUUGGAAGUAUGAUUGUAAUUGUGAUUGGUCAAUUUACUACUGAAGUCUGACUACUUCACUGCGUUCUAAAACUGAUUAAAAAAAGAAUGAACCAAAUAAAAAGAGAAAGUGUUUUGAAUCUUUUGAAGCAUCAAGAGGACUGCAGUCCAUGCAUACAGCUAACAAUAAGAGUAAUUUAAAAAAACGAUACUGCAAUUAAUCUCUUAGUGCAAUCGCGAGCAUAACGUUCAGAAGGAUGUAUUUAUGAAUAACAUCAAGUGAUUUACACUGACAACAUUCCAACAUCCAUAAUUUAAUACAUGAUCACCUUCGCAAUGUCAUACGCAUACGAGUACGGGAACUACACUUUCUACACCUUAUUCUUUACAAAGUUCAAAUGUGUGUCUAUUCUAUUUUAGGUGCAGGCAGUGCAAGGUAGUGCAGGUAAAGCGAGCAGAACUCAGGUAUAUAGGUCGUGAGAGGCGAACGUGCUGCGUUGACGAUACGUGCGGGAGAAACACGUCAAGCAUCGACAGCAUCGUCGAUCUGAUCGCGGAGCAGUAACGAGUAUACGUACAGUAAUGAGUGAACGUGGUGAACAGUCGUGAAGAAGAAGAAGAAGAAGAGAAAGAAAAAUGAUCUAACGUUAUCCGACAUUGUCGCCGACGACAAUACAUUUUUUGCACAGACACAUAAUAGUACCUGUUACCUGAUAACGCGAGUCGAUGUAUCACGGGAUCGCCCAAUGAAUUCGUGACUCGUAUUAUCGCGCCGUUCUUGCCGCUAUUAACGCGCUAAAUGAGGCACACUUGACGAUGAGUGAACCUCACGAUCCUCGGGAUUCUGCGAAACGAAACGAAGUGCAACGAGACUGUGAACACGAUGAUUUCGGCACUGGCCGCGUCGCUUUGAUUGACCCGUAUGUGAGAGAGAUAAGAAAAAAAAUGAGCUGGCUACCUCUGGGGACGAGUUUCAGCAAGCCACGGUCGAGAGAUUCGCCGCCGAAGGAUGCCGAUCCAUCCGCGUGCUACGAUAGUUUCUGCAUACAUUGGCAGCAGACUUACGAGAUUAUUCUGCACUCUCUGUCUCCUAAACAAGUACCCAAUCAAGACGAUGUACUUGGAGUUGUUAAUCACAUCGAUCAAAUGGUAACGCUGCUGAUGCUAGAGCUACGAGACCCAAAUUCGCACAAUCAGUAUCGGCAAAGCAAUACUGCGACGCACUCUCCCUGUUUGGAAUAUCUGUUGAGCGAAAAUUUGCUUGUUAAACUAUAUAAUUGGAGCACACACACAGGAAGGUUCAAUAAUGCUGUAAGAUUGGAGCAGAUAAAGCUGUACGAGCUAUUGGUUUCAUACAGUGGUACCCUUCUCGCACACGAGCCAGUUACGAGACCACUUCUGCGAUUACUGGAAGAAUGCGCCAACGACAUUAUGCCGUUAAAAGUGGAAAAGAAACUGGUGGUACUGUUGAAUCAGCUAUGCGUCGCUCUGAUGCAAAAUAUGGCUUUACUGGACCUGUUUUUUCAACCGAAUGCAACUGGAAAGAACAAAUUUAUUAUAUUCAACUUACUGAUACGUCACGUGCAUCGGGAAGACGGUGUCGGUCAGCAAGCACGUGACGCUAUGUUGUUGUGCAUGUCGCUCUCGAAAAAGAAUGACGAGGUUGGAUUAUACAUUGCUGAUCAUUCCAACAUAUGUCCUGUAUUGGCUACCGGUUUGAGCGGGCUUUAUUCCGUGCUUCCGAGGAAACUUGACAUCGAGACAGAUGACUGGCAUCAAUUGACGCCGGACGAUGUAAACGAUUUACCCGCGCUUACGCAGCUCAUGAAUUCCCUGGAGUUUUGCAAUGCAGUUGCACAGGUGGCACAUCCGUUGGUGCAGAAGCAAUUGCUUGAAUUUUUAUAUCAGGGUUUCCUGGUGCCUGUUAUGGGUCCAGCACUGCUACAGGAUUCUCUUGGCUUGACCCUAGAACAGCUAGAUGCACAACAACAUUGGACAACCGUGGAUGAAUUAGUCGCAGCGACAGCUUAUUUUGAUUUGUUCCUUCGAUCCGUGACCGAUCCUGGCUUGUUACGGUCGCUCGUUAGGUUUCUGCUAGAAGAUAAUUAUGAUGACUGUAGGAUAUUGGACAGUUUAAUACAGAGGAUCUCUUCCCGCUCGAGGUUAUGCAUAGUCACUUUGGCAUUGUUCGAAACCCUGGUUAACUUGAAUUGCGAGGACGUAAUGUUGGAAUUGUGCUUGGGCGCGCUGAAUCCGUGCUCGCACGUGAUGCUCUCCCAGCGUAGUCGGUUGCGAGACGUAGAUCCUUUCGGACGCGCGGCUGAAAAAUUUCUAUCUCUGACUCCACGCUGUUGUUCCACAUUUACACCAUCGGACUCGCAAACGAGCUCUUUACCCAAUGCCGCACCAUAUACAUACGACAAGCAUGGACCCGACUCAUUGAGAUCGUUACCAGCAUCGAUGAAUUACGGUGCUAGAACGUCAGACAGUUUGUACGGAAAUUAUCACGCAUAUCUCUGCGAUGCUAGACAGAAGAUAAAAGCUUGCCGCCUAGCGUGUUCCAAUUGGUCUUGCCAUUAUGACGGUAACUUGCCACGAAGUAGUAACACUAGCAGCGCGACUACGUUGAUAGAUGAACACAUGACAUUCGAUCAGUCGCAAAGGAAGAUGGAGGAAUCGAGAGCUCUGUUGCUGGAAAGUGCCAGGAAUGCAAGGAGUUUGUACGAGAGCGAUGAAGGCGCACCGAUGGACAAUGUACUGCUCAACGUUCAGUCUCUGUUGCAAAGCAAAGACUUGAACAGCAACGAACACGAUAUCAAAAACGAGCUGACCGCGGAUGUCGCGUUGUCUCUCGACGAACAGGCGCAACUAGACGCUGACAUUGCUGAGCUGAUGAACGAGGACGUCGGGAUGACGGAGUACACGGAAGAAACUUGCUUAAACAAAAGAGAAUCCGACAGUUGCUUGGACGAUUCAGCCACGGCCAUGAAUUCACUCAUGUCCUUGGGAGAGAGUAGCGGCUACGAGAGCUUCGCGCUGAAAGGAUCACCGGAAUCGACGCCGGACAAUGAGCCAAACGAGGAACGCGCGAACGAGCCCGAAGAAAGCCACGUCACAAUGAAGAAAGAGAUCAUUGAUGUCAUGGAGUCGAGUUCCGCGGCAACUGCGGAGACGUCGUCGUGUAAAUCAAACAAGGACACUUCGUAUCGGCAGGAUGUGUUUAACGGGCAGCCGAAUGUUGGCAUAUUCUUAGACGUGGUUUUACGGAAGCUCGAAUGUAUGACGAGCAAUAACUUGUAUGUCAAUUUGCACCUCACAGGCCUCAUCAGCAGACUGGCAAUAUACCCGCAACCUUUAUUGCAAUCCUUCCUGCUGAAUCAUUCUCUUGUAUUCCAGCCUAGCAUCAGAUCCCUGUUCCAGGUACUUGCGUCAUUGAAGCAAAAGAUUGAUCAAUUUCUGUCGAAACAUAACAAUGUGGACUUGUUGGUCGAACAAGCAAGAUUAUUUCUGAUUAAUCGAGAAGACAAGUUAGUGAACGCGAGGAAAAAUGCCUUGGAAGCUGCUGCUCAAUCGUCGUUCGUCAAAAGGCAUUCCCUGACCGGUGACUCGUUCUCAAGAGGGGAGCCAAAGAGAAGAAGCUUGACGUCGUCAAUUACACAAAUAUUCAGACGAACGAGUACCAGCUUGGGUCCCAUGAGCUUAACAAAUCCUAGUAGUCAACCGUCCAGUAUAGCAGAGAGAGAAGAUCAACUGCAAAUGGUUGGAUCUGGAUACAGAUACAUGAAAACUUCAUGGGAGUCGCCGAGCGAAGUGAGUCCAGUGCAAAAUGUUAUUUUAUGUGCCGUUAUAUUAGAUGAAUGGCUUAAAGAGCUCGCAGCGAUUACUCAGGAGCACGCAAUUAUGUCCCUUACAAAUAGUAUCGGACUUAGAGCUUAACAUGUAAGUCUGUAAAAGCAUAAGACUUUUGAAAUGGAAAAAAGAAAAAAAUAAUAGAGUAAUUCGAAAAUUCUUUUUGACAGGGUAGAACGCCAGUAAUGUGAUAUGUAUUAUAAUUAUGACAUGUACAAAAUUAUAUAUAACGACAGCAAUUCAAAAAACGUAACACUAACACAAAUUUUUUAGCAUGUUAGUCGAAUUUAGAAUAAGACAUAGUAUAUUUGUAAAAAUGUGACCUGAGUUUGAUUUUUUCUGAAAUUAGAAAUAAUAAAAUCAUGAAUUUUCAGUAACAUAUGUUAUAUAAUUUAACAAAAUUCAAUUAAAAAAGUAUAAAAAUAUUUGUGAGUAUAAUAAGAUACUUGUAUACUUUUACUGUCGUAUGGAAUUUUAUAAAAAACUUUUUUAUAAAACAAUUGGGUUAAUAUAAAUAUAAUAGCGUUGUUAAGUUUUAUGAGUUGAUAAUAUUAUUUGUUAGUUAUUAAGAAAUUUAAAUAUACAUAUAUAGUUUUUCAAUGUAGUGUUUAUAAAAUUUAUGAAAUUGUUAUCUAUGACCAUGUGAUUAUUUUGCAGUUUCGUUAUUGUACUUAAUGCUUUCAUCGCGAAUUAAAUUUAGUGCAUGUCUUGUUUAGAUACAUUUUAGAAAAUUGAAUUAUGGAAAAUGAGAGAUGAAAUAGCAUUGUAUUACAAGAAUAAAUUUUUAUAUUAUUUUCGUUGAAA